AUGCAGACCUUAGAAUCGACAAAAAAAAGAUCAGGUCAGGAUGACGAGGACACCCGACCCAGCAUCAAGGAUGCCGAUCCUGGAGACACGAAGCCUGGCGGUGGAUUCCCUCAAUCUCAUCCCCUGCAUUUUUUUGAGGAUUUACGGGUUGUACAUCUGGUUGAGGCACUGAAUUGCGUGCGUCAGGCGCAGCAAGCUGGAGGAAAGGACCCUGAUAAGGGGUACCUCGACCAAAUAUCGUCUCAUUUGCAAAAAGUGUGGACGGCCCACCGGGAAUGUCUUCAGAAAGAGGAGGUCAGUUAUGAGAUGAUCAAGUAUCAAGUUAGAAAAGGGCUCAUCGACCACCUGCAAUGCUUUUUUGACUCUGUUGAUCUAGACAUGGUCAUUGUGGGGAACCCGGAAGACUUUGUUCACCUUAUUGCGAAGCGUUACCGAGGUAUGCGCGCCGAGAAGGACAGACUCCAAGAAGAAAACCUUUCGCUUUCCGACGAGAUUCAGCGUGUCACCGACGAGAAGGACAGCCUUCAAAAAGAAAACAUUUCGUUUUCCGACGAGAUACAGCGUCUCACCGCCGAGAGAGACAGGAUCUCACAGACAAACGUCUCUCCAGAAGUCGGCUCCGCUCGACAGAAGGAGACUGACUAUGUUAUUGCCCAGUUGGAAGCGGAGAUACUUGAACUCUCAAAGGUCAAUUCAGACUAUUGCCUUGAGAUCGUGGGGGUCAGAAAUCAAGGCAAGGCUUGUCAUAUCGAAAAGGUCCAAGCCGAAGAAAAGAGCGAUAUCCUCGCCCAGCGUAACAACAAAAAAUCGCGGGAGAUUGAGUGCCUCACACGCCAAGUCGGAACACUAAAACAGGAUGUCGGUAGCAAAAUUGAGGCAGAUAAUGUGAAAGAUGGUCUUGCGAGGACCAAUGACCACUCACGCCUUGCCAUUGCAGACCUAAGAUCGAGUGUGGACGCUCUGCAGCGGGAUGAUCGUGUCAGAACUGAGCUUCUUAGAAAAGUAGAGGCAGAGAGAGACACCAUCAAGGCCAUUGCAAAAGACCAAGACAAAGCAGUGUCAUCCAGCAAUAAAAUAAUCGCCACGGAGAGAAAAUACACCCUCCGCGAGAGGGAGUACUUCGUCAAGGAACGCGAAGUUGCCAUGCAGUCAGAUCUUGACUUGGCAAAGUUGAGAGAAGACUGUGACCGAGGCAGAGCAAGUCUUGCUCAAGAACGGAUUGCGAGGGAAACUAUUUCAACUCUGUUGUGCGCCACAAACCGUGAAAAAGAUGCACUGUUAAGUGAAGACGCCGAGUUGAAGGAGAAAAUCGAGACUUUACGAAAGGACCUUUCUAAUAAAGAGGACCAACUGAAAAUGGUGGAAACAGCUAGAGACGUUACAGUUGCUCGGUUAGAGGAACGCAUCAAGAUUCUAGAGGCAGAGAAGGACGAUCGUAUACAGCAACCGCUAGAGCAAAACGCGAAGCUCUCAGAAGAGACCAAGUCUAGCCACGAGGGGUUUGACGAGUCGCAACGGCAUCAUACUUUGUCACAAGAAAAACAAACCUGCUCGGACCCCUCACAUUGGAACCUGAAAAGCGAGAUGGACUCGCUCCGUGCAGAGUUCAACAAGCAGGUCCAAGCGAACAAGAAGAGAGAUUGUCGAAGGACACAGCUGCAAGUGACCACAGCACUGCAGAACCAGGGGAUCAAGAGAAAGGCAGUGAGUGAACAAGAUGAUGUGCAGUCGAAGGAGAUAAACGCAGUGCGCAAAAAAGCCGAUCGAGCCCCGACUCGCGCGCGAGCGAAGCGACAGAAGCGGAAAUAG